AUGCCUGCCAGGGCUAGCAUCCCUCGCCACCUGCCCUUUAUCGUCACACGACUCCUCACCCAAAUGAGAUUAAAGUACUUCUUUGAUGUCCUGGGUCCACUUCAGCAGCAGCCUCCAGAGGACUGGCUGCUCCCACCUCCACAGCAGCUGGAGCUGGAGCCCCCUCCACAGCAGCUGGAGCCCCCUCCACAACAGCUGGAGCCCCCUGAGGGCUGGUUGCAACUGCCAGAGCUCUGCUGUCUGUCCCAGUCACCCGCCUGCUUCAGAAUCAUGUGUGACCAGCAGCAGAUUCCGUGUUGCCUGCCGCUUCCCAUGUGCUGUGUGAAGGGCUCUUACUACUACCCCUCCCCGUCCCCCUGUGGCAACAGCCAGGUGUUGGUCCAAGCCCCCUGUGAGAUGCAAAUUGUGGAGUGCCCUGCACCAGGUCCAGUUCAAGUUUCCCAGGCUCCAUGCUCUUCUCAGACCACCCAGGUGAAGGGCCAGGCUUCCAGCCAGUCUAAGACAGUCCAGAUGAAGGGCCAGGCUAAGGCCACGCUGGCGAAGGGCCAGGCUACCAGCCAGCCUCAAGCUUCCUAUGUUCAGUGCCAGGCUGCAGGUCAGCCUGGAGCCCCAGGCGCCAUUCAGACUUGCUAUGUAGGAGGUGCUCCAGUUUGUUACACAGAAACUUGCUUUGUGGAAUGUCCAGUGCAGACCUAUGUACCAGCUCCCCAGUCUGUCCAGACUUACGUAGCAUGCCCCGCAGCAGUGUGCCAGACUCAGGGAGGAUUCUCCACCCAAGGCCAAUAUCAGGGCUCCUAUGGCAGCAGUGCCUCCCAGUUCCAGUGCCGGAACUCCUACAGCAGCUGCGCCCCCAAUUCCCAGCCUGCGGCACCCUACAGCAGCUGUGGCCCCCAGUACCAGCCUGCAGCACCCUACAGCAGCUGUGGCCCCCAAUACCAGUCCCGUGCUUCCUACAGCAACUGUGCCCCUCAGUACCAGUCCCGGGGUUCCUACGGCGGCAGCUGCGCCCCCCAGCGUCAAUGCCGGGCUUCAUUUGACAGCUAUGCCCCCCGGUACCAGUGCCAGGGCUCUAAUGGGAGCUUCACCGCGCAGCGUCGCUCUCGCAGCGCCAGCAGAUGCCUCCCUCCCCGCCAGCUGCAGCCUUCCUACCGCAGCUGUUCCCCACCGCGGCGUUCUGAGCCCUACUACAGCAGCUCCUUCGGGCCCCACAGCUACUGCACCCCGCCCCCCCGCUCCGAGCCCAUCUAUGGCAGCGGCUGUCCUAGGGGUCCCACUGCAGGCGGCUCCCAGAGAUGUGGACCCAAGUACAGAGUUGAGAUUUUCCCCUGCUGCCCCAAGCAGGUUCCACCCCUGAGGUGCCGUCCUCAGAUUCCUCCCAUCGGCCGCUGCUCUGAGGGUUGCGCCCCACGACCUUCCUGGGGGGGCUCUUGCCCGGAGCUGAAGCCCUGUGGAGAGCCAGGUCCACGUUCGAGCUUCUGCCCACGGCGUGUGGACCGCUACCCGGAGCCCGCGCCGCUGCGGUGUCCGCUGCCGGCUCCACGGCCUUAUCCGCGCCCAGAGCCGUGCUCGAGUCCAGAGCCCUACCCGUGUCCCCCACCACGGCGACUUUCCGAGCCCUGUCUGUGUCCAGAGCCGCGCCCGGCCCCGCGCCCGGCCCCGCGCCCGGCCCCGCGCCAGGCCCCGCGCCCCUGUCCAGUGGAGUGCGAGCCUCCAGAGCCACGUCCCCGUGAGCGCCCGGAAUCUCGUCCACGUCCAGAGCCAAUUCCCCUUCCAGCACCCUGCCCGAGCCCAGAGCCCUGUGGGGAACCGCGACGCUACCCCAGCCCAUGCUCCAGCCCGAGUGCGAUGCCGUGCUCGGGAGACCUAGGCUGCCGCGCGUCCAGUCCAUGCCACUUGGACACCGAAGUCCCCAGCUGUGGCUCGGAUGGUUAUCACCGCUGGCAGGAGAGUGGUGCUAGCUGUGGCCCUUGUGAUGUCUUUCCAGAGCCAGGGGUCUGGGCGGCUGUGGAGACCAAGGAGGCGCCAGUGUUGGAGUCAAAGGGGGGGAUUAUGCUGGCAUGA